AUGGAUGAUCAAGUAGAACACCUUACAAGUCUGGGAGUAAGCGCGGUUAAUAUAAGCUCAUGCAUGGAAGAAGAUUGCGAUGGUGUCGAAGUUGGUGAAUAUUCUAUCGUUUAUGGCACGCCAGAAGCGUGGAUACUGAACCCUCGAUGGAGAAAUAUGUAUAGGUUAUUUUGAGGCAAAACGAGGGGAUAUGUGACUUAUUCACCGAGGCGUGCAGCGCCGAGGUGAAUAAACACAUGUCCCCGAGGUGCCUCAAAAUAACGUACUUAUUUUUCACACUGCGAGGUCGCGUUAAUGAGUCAGAAUAGAAAUAAUUCUUAAUGCCAUAUUGCCUUCGUUAUGUUGUUUUUUCUCCUCAAUUUUUGUGUUGCAAAGACAUUGCAGGUGAAUAUUAGAGGGGAUUAUUAAUUGCAGGUGAAUAUUAGAGGGGAUUAUUAAACGGAAAUUGAUUGGAGGGGAAUAUUGAAUAUAUUCACCGCUAAGAACAAAGGAAACCGAGCAAGGUGAAAAAUAAGCUUAAUUAUUCGACAAGAUUAUGUGCUCUAGCAGUCGAUGAGGCCCAUGUUAUCAGACAGUGGUGAGUUUAGUUAAAAUUUAUAAUUUUAAGCGAUAUAAAGCUAACUAAUUUUAUCGAUUCAUAUAGUGAAAAUCAGAACAUGUUCUAAAAUAUGGUAAAUACAAUGUUUGAUUCGGUUUAAUAUAAUAAUUUUAUGUUUGAUUAUGUAAUUUAUAUUUAUAUUGUUUAUAUACGACUCAAAUAUGACAAUGAAUUUGAGUUUCCUUGCCUUGUUGUAUAUACAUACAAUUUAAAUAUAUUAUAAGUACAGCAGUCAAUUAUUAAACCUUGUGGACCUCAUUCAUUUACUACAUAUGCAGUGGGCAUAAUUUAAUACUACAUUGCAUACAUAGACUACCGCAUACUAAAUGAAUGUUCCCUAUGGCUUAUGCCUAUAAAAUGACAGUUUCCAAACCAUGUGUUAAUCCUUAACACUUCAGGUAGGUGUUGGGAUAUACAUUCACUUUGGUUUAGUAUUUACUACGAAAUGUUGAAAUGUUUUCAAUAUUUAUAUCAUCAAUUUAUCGUAGUAUAUUAAUAAUCUUAAUAAGUAAUGUAUUGAUGCAUGACUAAAAAUAGAAGUGGUUUAAUAUUUUUUAUAUACUUUUACUUCCCAGGGGGAUAUCACAAGAUAACAAAAAGGCUGCAUUCCGUGAAGCAUACAGCAAGUUAUAUGAACUCAGGUCAUUAGCACCAAAUGUUCCGGUGAUUGCCCUUACAGCUACAGCAAUACAUCUGACUAAAGAAUGCAUCUUGAGUAUUAUAUGCAUGGAUGACUGUUCUAAAAUUGAAGAGAGUCCAAAUAAGCUGAAUGUAUCAUAUGCUGUGGAGUGUAUGCACAAGGACACAGAGUUGGAGUUUUAUUUUACUUGGCUAGCUGAUGAGUUAAAGUCUAAAGAAAAGCAAUGUGAAAGGACUAUUAUAUACUGCCAGACAAUCAAGCAAUGUUCUAUUAUAUAUGCCACCCUUAAGGGAAUUUUGGGGAACUAUAUGUUUGCCAGAGAAGACAAGAGUGUUCUUGUGGAAAUGCUUCACUCCUGUACCCCAGAAGAUAACAAAAAAUGUAUCCUUGAAUCUUUUCAAAAUGUAAACGGAACAAUUCGAAUUGUAGUUGCAACUAUUGCUUUUGGCAUGGGUGUUGACUGUAAGGCAGUUCAUCGUGUCAUACAUUAUGGACCAUCAAAAACCAUCGAAUCAUAUGUACAGGAGACUGGAUGCACUGGAAGAGAUGGGGUGCAGAGCAGGACAUUCAUUUUAUAUCAUGGAAUUCUUCUAAAUCAUGUUGACAUGAACAUAAAAUCAUUUGUCAAAACUAAAGAUUGUAGGAGAAAAAAUCUUCUGAAUCAUUUUGAAGCUGAUUGUAAAUUGCCACUUUAUCUGCAUAUUUGUUGUGACAACUGUGCAUCUAUUUGUGAAUGUGGACAAGCAGACUGUGGGCAGUAUACAAAAUACCCAAUCGCUGAUUGUUACAAGGAUGUACUGUUUAGUGGGAGUAAACGAGAAAUUAGCAAUGAGCAAAAGAAGUUGAUUGAGAAUGCUCUGAUACAAUACCAGAAGAAACUUCUUAUUGAACUUGCUAAUACACAACUGCAAAAGCAGAAAUCAAACCUUUAA